AUGGCCCGCGCCCAGGCUCUGGUGCUGGCGCUCACCUUCCAGCUCUGCGCGCCCGAGACCGAGACUCCGGCAGCUGGCUGCACCUUCGAGGAGGCCAGUGACUCAGCCGUGCCCUGUGAGUACAGCCAGGCCCAGUACGAUGACUUCCAAUGGGAACAGGUGCGGAUCCAGCCUGGCACCCGGGCUCCUGCGGACCUGCCCCACGGCUCCUACUUGAUGGUCAAUGCUUCCCAGCAUGCCCCAGGCCAGCGGGCCCAUGUCAUCUUCCAGAGCCUGAGCGAGAAUGACACCCACUGUGUGCAGUUCAGCUACUUCCUGUACAGCCGGGAUGGGCACAGCCCGGGCACCCUGGGUAUCUACGUGCGGGUCAAUGGUGGCCCCCUGGGCAGCGCUGUCUGGAACAUGACUGGCUCCCAUGGCCGGCAGUGGCACCAGGCUGAAAUGGCUGUCAGCACCUUUUGGCCCAACGAAUAUCAGGUGCUGUUCGAGGCCCUCAUCUCCCCCGACCGCAGGGGCUACAUGGGCCUGGACGACAUCCUGCUCCUCAGCUAUCCCUGCGCCAAAGCCCCGCAUUUCUUCCGCCUGGGCGACGUGGAGGUCAACGCCGGCCAGAACGCCUCCUUCCAGUGCAUGGCGGCGGGCAGGGCGGCGGAGGCGGAGCACUUCCUCCUGCAGCGGCAGAGUGGGGCGCUGGUGCCCGCGGCCGGCGUGCGGCACAUCAGCCACCGGCGCUUCCUGGCCACCUUCCCGCUGGCCGCCGUGGGCCGCGGGGAGCAGGACCUGUACCGCUGCGUGUCCCAGGCCCCGCGCGGCGCCGGCGUCUCCAACUUCGCCGAGCUCAUCGUCAAGGAGCCCCCCACGCCCAUCGCGCCCCCGCAGCUGCUGCGCGCAGGCCCCACCUACCUCAUCAUCCAGCUCAACACCCACUCCAUCAUCGGCGACGGCCCCAUCGUGCGCAAGGAGAUCGAGUACCGCAUGGCGCGCGGCCCGUGGGCCGAGGUGCACGCUGUCAACCUGCAGACCUACAAGCUGUGGCACCUGGACCCCGACACCGAGUACGAGAUCAGCGUGCUCCUCACGCGCCCGGGGGACGGCGGCACGGGCCGCCCCGGGCCGCCCCUGGUCAGCCGCACCAAGUGCGCAGAGCCCAUGCGGGCCCCCAAAGGCCUGGCGUUCGCAGAGAUCCAGGCCCGCCAGCUGACCCUGCAGUGGGAGCCACUGGGCUACAAUGUCACGCGCUGCCACACCUACACCGUGUCCCUGUGCUACCACUACAUCCUGGGCAGCAGCCACAACCAGACGGUGCGGGAGUGCGUGCGGAUGGAGCGGGGCGCCAGCCGCUACACCAUCAAGAACCUGCUGCCCUACCGGAAUGUUCACGUGCGCCUGGUGCUCACGAACCCCGAGGGGCGCAAAGAGGGCAAGGAGGUCACCUUCCAGACGGACGAGGACGUGCCUGGUGGGAUUGCAGCCGAGUCCCUGACCUUCACUCCACUGGAGGACAUGAUCUUCCUCAAGUGGGAGGAGCCGCAGGAACCCAAUGGCCUCAUCACUCAGUAUGAGAUCAGCUACCAGAGCAUCGAGUCGUCAGACCCGGUGGUGAACGUGCCAGGCCCACGACGUACCAUCUCCAAACUCCGCAAUGAAACCUACCACGUCUUCUCCAACCUGCACCCGGGCACCACCUACCUCUUCUCCGUGCGAGCCCGCACCGGCAAAGGCUUCGGUCAGGCGGCGCUGACCGAGAUCACCACCAACAUCUCAGCUCCCAGCUUUGACUAUGCCGACAUGCCGUCGCCCCUGGGGGAGUCUGAGAACACCAUCACCGUGCUGCUGAGGCCUGCCCAGGGCCGCGGUGCGCCCAUCAGCGUGUACCAGGUAAUCGUGCAGGAGGAGCGGCCGCGGAGGAUGCGGCGGGAGCCUGGCGGCCAGGACUGCUUCCCGGUGCCACUGACCUUCGACGCGGCGCUGGCCCGCGGCCUGGUGCACUACUUCGGGGCCGAGCUGGCGGCCAGCAGCCUGCCCGAGGCCAUGCCCUUCACCGUGGGCGACAACCAGACCUACCGUGGCUUCUGGAACCCGCCGCUGGAGCCCAGGAAGGCUUACCUCAUCUACUUCCAGGCAGCGAGCCACCUGAAGGGGGAGACCCGGCUGAACUGCAUUCGCAUCGCCAGGAAAGCUGCCUGCAAGGAAAGCAAGCGCCCCCUGGAGGUGUCCCAGAGGUCAGAGGAGAUGGGGCUCAUCUUGGGCAUCUGUGCCGGGGGACUUGCUGUCCUCAUCCUCCUCUUGGGGGCCAUCAUCAUCAUCAUCCGCAAGGGGAAGCCGGUGAACAUGACCAAGGCCACCGUCAACUACCGCCAGGAGAAGACGCACAUGAUGGGCGCCGUGGACCGGAGCUUCACGGACCAGAGCACCCUGCAGGAGGACGAGCGGCUGGGCCUCUCCUUCAUGGACACCCACGGCUACAGCCCCCGGGGGGACCAGCGUGGCAAUGGCGUCACUGAGGCCAGCAGCCUUCUGGGGGGCUCCCCGAGGCGUCCGUGCGGCCGGAAGGGCUCCCCGUAUCACACGGGGCAGCUGCACCCUGCAGUGCGUGUGGCCGACCUCCUGCAGCACAUCAACCAGAUGAAGACGGCCGAGGGCUAUGGCUUCAAGCAGGAGUACGAGAGCUUCUUUGAAGGCUGGGAUGCCACAAAGAAGAAAGACAAGGUCAAGGGCAGCCGGCAGGAGCCCUUGCCUUCCUAUGACCGGCACCGUGUGAAGCUCCACCCGAUGCUGGGAGACCCCGAUGCCGACUACAUUAACGCCAACUAUAUAGACGGUUAUCACAGGUCAAACCACUUCAUAGCCACUCAAGGGCCGAAGCCCGAGAUGGUCUACGACUUCUGGCGCCUGGUGUGGCAGGAGCACUGUUCGAGCAUCGUCAUGAUCACCAAGCUGGUGGAAGUGGGCAGGGUGAAGUGCUCGCGGUACUGGCCGGAAGACUCGGACAUGUACGGGGACAUCAAGAUCACGCUGGUGAAGACGGAGACGCUCGCAGAGUAUGUUGUGCGCACCUUUGCCCUGGAGCGGAGAGGCUACUCUGCCCGGCACGAGGUCCGCCAGUUCCACUUCACGGCGUGGCCAGAGCACGGCGUCCCCUACCACGCCACCGGGCUGCUGGCCUUCAUCCGGCGCGUGAAGGCCUCCACCCCGCCCGACGCCGGGCCCAUCGUCAUCCACUGCAGCGCCGGCACCGGCCGCACGGGCUGCUACAUCGUCCUGGAUGUGAUGCUGGACAUGGCCGAGUGUGAGGGCGUCGUGGACAUUUACAACUGCGUGAAGACCCUCUGCUCCCGGCGCGUCAACAUGAUCCAGACGGAGGAGCAGUACAUCUUCAUCCAUGAUGCAAUCCUGGAGGCCUGCCUGUGUGGGGAGACCACCAUCCCUGUCAGUGAAUUCAAAGCUACCUACAAGGAGAUGAUCCGUAUUGACCCUCAGAGUAAUUCCUCCCAGCUGCGGGAAGAGUUCCAGACGCUGAACUCGGUCACGCCGACCCUGGACGUGGAGGAGUGCAGCAUCGCCCUGCUGCCCCGCAACCGAGACAAGAACCGCAGCAUGGACGUCCUGCCGCCCGACCGCUGCCUGCCCUUCCUCAUCUCCACCGACGGGGACCCCAACAACUACAUCAAUGCGGCCCUGACCGACAGCUACACGCGGAGCGCAGCCUUCAUCGUGACCCUGCACCCGCUGCAGAGCACCACGCCCGACUUCUGGAGGCUGGUCUACGACUACGGCUGCACCUCCAUCGUCAUGCUCAACCAGCUGCACCAGUCCAACUCCGCCUGGCCGUGCCUGCAGUACUGGCCGGAGCCGGGCCGGCAGCAGUACGGCCUCAUGGAGGUGGAGUUCGUGUCGGGCACGGCAGACGAAGACCUGGUAGCCCGUGUCUUCCGGGUGCAGAACCUCUCCAGGCUGCAGGAGGGGCACCUGCUGGUGCGGCACUUCCAGUUCCUGCGCUGGUCCGCCUACCGGGACACGCCGGACUCCAAGAAGGCCUUCCUGCGCCUGCUGGCCGAGGUGGACAGGUGGCAGGCGGAGAGCGGGGACGGGCGCACCGUUGUGCACUGCCUAAAUGGGGGUGGCCGCAGCGGCACCUUCUGCGCCUGCGCCACGGUCCUGGAGAUGAUUCGCUGCCACAACCUGGUGGACGUUUUCUUUGCUGCCAAAACGCUUAGGAACUACAAGCCCAAUAUGGUGGAGACCCUGGAUCAGUACCACUUUUGCUAUGACAUGGCCCUGGAGUACCUGGAGGGGCUGGAGUCAAGAUAG